AUGCAUCCUGGGUCUGACCCAAUGGGUGCGCCUCCCAGCUUUGCGCAGCGGAGGCCUCAUGCUGCUCAGUUGGGUAGCUUCGAACUUCCACCUCCGCCAAUGCACAAAUAUCCGUUCACUAACCACGGUACCGUCUCGCAGUCGUCACAGGCGCCAACAACUAUCGCUAGUGUUGGCAACCUUCUCACACCGCCGAGCACUGUCCACGGCGACGUGAUAAGCCCUUCGUCUGGAGUGUCGACAAGCGGCGCAGCCUCAACAACGAUGGCCUACCCCCAGAACUACAACCACAUCUACUCUCCACCUACACAACAGCCAUCGUACGGUUACCAACACACACAGUCUCAGCAAAACCAAUAUAGUCAGCAAAGCCGAGGUAAGUUUUCUCUACUGCGCGGAGAUUAUCAGCUGGGCCACCAAGACUUACACCACAAAGGGCUGAACCCACCGCCCUAUGAGAUGAACAACCAACUGCCACCAUUUACGCCAUCAUCUAGCACAUCGCAUAUGCCGUCGAUGCCUGCCCACCACCACCAGCCUCACCAUAUGCUAGGCGCACAAACGCCUGUAUCAUCAUCAGCACCUCACCAGUCGCCAGCAUUGCCACAGGACACUUUCAGGCCACCACACCCUCCUACACCAACUUACAAUUACCAGCCAUCGGGAACGCCUCAGCAUUCAAACUUCCCAUAUUCGACCGGGCCAUCGCCGAUUCAGCAGCAUAGCCAGAGCCCGAUCAGCGCAGGGGGCUCCAUGUCCAGAAUGUCGCCAGCGGUGUCGCAGGGGCAGAUGCCUACUGUACCAUCGAAUAACCCAGCGCAACCCCCGUCCUACUACCAACGACCACCGCCAUCAGCAUAUGCGCCAGGACCAGCUCCUGUCUUUUCAAACGUUCAAAACCCAAACGGCGGGCUGGCCUUGGUUGGUGUACACCCCGGAAUGAUGCCUAGUUUCAACAGCGGGCACGCAGCCCAGAUGCCUCACUUUAUGCAAGGCCACAACCCUCACCAGCAGGCGGCUUCGAAUGACCGACCAUUCAAGUGCGACCAGUGCCCGCAGAGUUUUAACCGCAACCACGACUUGAAGCGGCACAAGAGGAUCCACUUGGCAGUCAAGCCUUUCCCUUGUACCCACUGCGACAAGAGCUUCUCGAGAAAAGAUGCUUUGAAGCGCCAUAUUCUUGUCAAAGGCUGCGGCAAGGCUGCUGCGAACAGCGAUGACACGAAGCGAGAAAGCCACUCGCCCAAGUCGGAAGCUGUCGAGUCGAAGGCACACCAUUAG